AUGUAUGUGAUGGAUCUACCUCGACAGUUUUUUAUGGUUCGCUUUGAAAAGGAGGAGGAAUAUCUGGCAGCAUUGGCAGGAGGACCAUGGAGAGCUUUUGGUAGUUAUCUCAUGGUACGUGCUUGGUCUCCAGAGUUUGAUCCAUUAAAAGAUGACAUUGUUACAACACCGGUUUGGAUCAGAUUAACAAAUAUUCCAGUGAACUUCUAUCAUCGAUCGAUUCUCAUGGGAAUUGCCAAGGGUUUAGGUAAGCCAAUCCGUGUGGAUCCGACUACGUUGAACUUUGAAAGAGCUCGGUUUGCGAGAAUUUGUGUUGAGGUUAAUCUAGCAAAACCUUUGAAGGGGACGGUCCUAAUCAACGGCGAGAGAUACUUCGUUGCUUAUGAGGGGCUAUCUGAAAUCUGUUCGAAAUGUGGGGUCUAUGGGCACUUGGUGCAUGGAUGUCUAAGAACGAUUGCGGAACGAGUGGCUAGUUCAAUGACACUGACGGAGGUGUCAGCACAAGUUGAACAAACGGCCGCACAAGUCUCACUAGCGCAGGAUGAUGGCUUUACUCAAGCACGAGGAUCGAGAAGAGGAGCACCGUCGUUGCCUCGGUCAAUGACUGGUAUGACAAAAAUAAAUUCUAAUGGGGAGACUAACCGGUACCACCGAGAGACGCAAGGAACUGAGAAGAUUGUGUUAUCGAACAAGUAUGGAAGUCUUGAUACAGACAGAAACCCGGGGGGAUUAAGAGAUGAUAUUAGCCCUGGUGAGGAGAAUAAGGAGAACCAGGAUAUGAAUAUCAGGGAUACUAAGGGUAAGGGAGUCUUGCAAGAGAAGAGAAGCAUUAUUUUUGGCGGGAAUACAAGUGCACCAUCCAAUUCGAAGGGGGAGACUAAAGAGAGAUGGAUGGGUAAUAAAAAAGUAAUGGAGGGAGUAAGAGGAAAGUCGAAGAAAGUAAAUAACAGACCGGUUAGUGGUUUGGUCUUUGGGCCAACCAAGGGAGAGAUAAGCUUAUCAGAGUCUGGGAAAAGACUGAGAGUAGAGAACAGCAAUGUAGGGAGACCUGGUGGAGCAUUCAGAGAUAGCGUGGAGAAAGUUAAGGCUGUGCCUAAGCAUCUUCAGCUGUGUGAUGAGGAAUUGGAGAAUCCGAUGGAGAGUAGUAUCAGCGAGACAUAG